AUGUACUUUCAAAUACGCACAGACUACCCAAAACUCACAGGCAGGCAGAGUCUGUUGCAGUUGCAUCCAGGCUUGAGUCGAGUGCCUAAUCCCGAUGUUUUGACCAGCUUGAUUCAUUUCCGACCCUAUGAACCCCUCUCAUACUCUAAACUGAUUGAUGAGAUGCUGGCCUUCCUCUAUGGCUACCAAAAGAAACUAUGCACGAUGAUGAAGGAUUGUGUCCAUGGUACUGGGGGCGAUAUAAUAGAUAUGCGACGACCCUGUGCCUUUGAUCUGAACGCCGUUGGACCCUGCAACCUCGCCAACACUUUUGGCUACACAACGGCGAGUCCGUGUGUCGCACUCAAAAUGAAUCGCAUCUAUGGUUGGUUGCCGGAACCGGUGGAAUUCGCCACGGGAGUUUUAGUGAAGUGUGAGGGCGAGACAGAAGCUGAUACCCUGAACAUGGGUACUGUUCACUACUAUGACAUGGAUCACGUAUCCACGGGUCAGAAGCGAGCGAAGACAACCAAUGGAAGUUUCCAUUCGGCCUUCUUUCCAUACCUCAACCAGGUCUGCUACCACCAGCCCCUGGUAUUUUUAGAGUUUGCUGGAAUGCGUCGAAACACUCUGAUCCGGGUCAAGUGUUACCUCAUUGCAAAGAAUAUUCCAGUUAGCUUUGAACGUAAUGAGGGAAGUGUACGAUUUGAGAUUCUCGCGGACUAA